UUCGUUUUAAUGUUCCAAAAUAAAAUCAAGCAAGCAAAGUAGAGAGCGAGAGAGAGAAGAGCGAGAGAGAAGUGAAAUAACUCUACCAGUUCAGUUUCAACUCUCGACUCCUCUCUCACUCUACCAGUUCGAACAAUUGUCUCCCAGAAUUAGGGCUUUUUCAUUCAUCUCAAACAUGUGGUUGUUUGAUUGGCAGAACAAACUAGGAAGAGGGCAUCGUGACAAACUCCAGCAGUUUAUGGCGAUAACUGGUGUCAGUGAUAAAGUUGCUCAUCAGGCACUGAAGGCUGGUGACUGGCAUCUAGAAGGAGCACUUGAUGUAUACUACAGUCAACCCCAGAUUAAGUCAUUAACUGAUUCUAGGAAUUUGGAGGAGCUAUUUAACCGAUACAGAGAUCCGAAUUAUGACAUGAUAAUGGCUGAUGGUGUCGAUAACCUCUGCACUGAUCUCCAGGUUGAUCCUCAAGAUAUUGUCACGUUGGUCAUCUCCUGGCAUAUGAAGGCUGCAACCAUGUGUGAAUAUUCGAAGCAGGAGUUUGUUGGUGGAUUGCAAUCACUAGGCAGGAUUGACUCCUUGGAGAAGUUUAGGGAAAGGAUACCGUACAUUCGUUCGGAGCUGAAAGAUGAUCAAAAGUUUCGUGAAAUAUACAUCUUUGCGUUUGGGUGGGCAAAGGAAAAGGGUCAGAAGUCUCUGGCACUGGAUACAGCAAUUGGGAUGUGGAAGCUACUGUUCGCUGAGAAGCAUUGGCCUUUAAUUGACCACUGGUGUGAGUUUUUGCAGGCGCGGCAUAAUAAGGCAAUUUCGAGAGAUACCUGGGCUCAACUACUGGAGUUUGUAAGAACUGUAGAUCCACAACUGUCAAAUUAUGACGCGGAGGGUGCUUGGCCAUAUCUGAUCGAUGAAUUUGUUGAAUAUUUGUAUGAGAAUGGCGUCAUCCAAAGAGGUCAAUGAUGGCAUUGAUUGGGUUAGUUGGACAGAUUCCAUUGGGGUAGUAUCAUCCUUUCUUCAAAUUUAUUGAAACAAUUGAACUCUGUUGCUCCUUAAAUCGCUGGCAAUAUUUCAACUUUGGGAGAAAAUAGAAAGUGGGGGGAAAUAGCAUUGGCUUGUUUGAAAGUGUGUCGUCUUGUAUUGUUCAUAUGUUGUAUCAUGAUUAUCUACCCAAAAAUUAUUGAAUUUGCCAUCAGAUUUGUUCUCUUUGAA